AUGACUUACACUAAAGAUAAAAUCAAAGAAAUUGAACAACUAUUAGAAAAUGAUGAACGCGUUAAAGUCGCUGGCGUUGAUGUUGAUGGAAUUCUUCGUGGCAAAAUUCUUACAAAAAAUAAAUUUUUGUCAACUUUAGAUGAUGGAUUUGGUUUUUGUAGUGUGAUUUUUGGUUGGGAUAUGCAUGAUCGAGCUUAUUCUGAAGAACUUUCUAUAUCAAAUUCAAAUAAUGGUUAUGGAGAUAUUUUGGCAAAGGUUGAUUUAUCAACUUUUCGUCGCAUACCAUGGGAAAACAAUAUCGCUUUUUUUCUACUGUCUUAUUAUGAUCCUGUGACAAAGAAACCACUUUAUGUUUGUCCACGUAGUUUACUAAAUAAAUUUAUCAAAGAAUAUGAGUAUUUAGAGGAUCCUAAUUCAUUAGCAAAAAAAAAUUAUGUCUCACCAACUCCAUUAACUCAAGGAAUGUUUGGUUAUUCAUUAUUACGCCCAACUUCAAAUCAAAGUUAUUUUUAUGAUAUAUUUGAUGAACUUAAAGCUUUUGGCGUAUCUUUAGAAGGAUUACACACAGAAACAGGGCCUGGUGUUUAUGAAGCAGCAAUUUCAUAUUCAACAGCUAUGAAUAUGGCAGAUUCAGCUACUCUUUUUAAAUCAGCAACAAAACAAAUUGGUAUCUUAAAAUAUGGAAUUAUGCCAUGUUUUAUGGCUAAACCAUAUGACAAUUUACCUGGUUGUUCAGGCCAUUUGCAUUUUUCACUUUUAAAUAUUGAAACAAGUAAAAAUGUUUUUGCUAAAAGUUUUGGUUCUAGUGACUGUGAACAAAAUCAGGAAAGCCAAGAAUUAAAAUGGCAAGAUGCCAAAGAAAUGAGUGAUGAAAUGAAAUAUUUUUUAGCAGGUGUAUUGAUUGGUCUACCAAUAGAAAAUUAUUGGGCACCGAUUAAUGUUUCAUGGGGUUUAGAAAAUAGAACAGCUGCAGUUAGAGUGAUCACCCCACCAAUUUCUUCACCAUCAUCUACACGCAUUGAAUUGAGAGUACCAGGAGCUGAUAUUAAUCCAUAUUUUGCAAUUGCUGCAACAUUGGCAUGUGGCUUGUAUGGAAUUAAAAAUAAGCUUCCAAUACCUAUUCCACCUGAAUCUGAUCUUUCAACCACUAAUAAAGUAGAUGGUAAAGCAGUAGAUGGUGAAAUAUUGAGAUCAAGAAAAUUGGCAAGAAGUUUAAAAGAGGCAACAGAUAAAAUGAUGGAAAAAAAUUCUAUUGCUAGAAAAGUUUUAGGUGAUGAGUUUGUGGAUCAUUUUGGUAAAACUAGAUUACAUGAAUGGAGAUUAUGGGAAAAUAGUGUUACUAAUUGGGAAACUAAAAGAUAUUUUGAACUUGUUUAA